CAGGUAAGGAGUAAAAUGGACGUAGGUACAUACUUAUUUGGGAGAUAUGUGAUCUUCUCAUUCUUAGUCGAAUAUCGAGUUGAUGGUUAUAUCUAUCUGCCUACUGUAAAUAUGUAGAGCCUACAUUGUUUAAGAACUUGGCGACUUGGCACUUGUCCAAUUGAUGAAACUCUCACCCUGAAGCAAAUUCUUUUUAGAUCCAGCAAGAGAAUACCGUGAAUCAAACUUCAAUGAGCUCCUCCGAUACGAGUAUCUCCUCUCAGGGCAGCCCCGAAAACUAUGGAACCGUAGUAAACGUUGUUUCUUGGUUUCUCCUUAUCACGAGCUCCCUCACUAUUCUUGUCCGACUUGCGAUGAAAUGGGUGCUAUUGAAAAGAUUUCACACGGAUGAUGGACUGAUCCUAGUGUCGCAGGUCCUUAGUAUUUCGCAGACAAUCGCAACGUCUAUAGAGGUCGCGAAUGGCUUAGGAUCACGAUUCGACACUCUGAGUAGCGACAAUGUCACAGCCUUCCAAAAGUCAUUCUAUGCGGCAAAUGUGCUUUCUGUCGCAAGCCAAGCAAUGUCGAAGUUAUCUCUAGUGUUCUACAUUAGAGUACUUUCCCCUAUUAAUCUACAUAGAGCAUCAUGUUGGGUACUCAUGGGGGCCACAUUACUUUGGAUGUUGACUUCAGUCAUACUAUUGCUAUUCCAGUGUAGUAGUCCGACGUUCUGGGACUUCAUAACCAACUGGUGCAUAAACCGACUGGCUAUUUGGUAUUAUAUCAAUGUCGUAAACAUCCUCAUUGAUAUCUGCUUAAUAGUAUUGCCUGUGACGGUAGUAUGGAAAUUACAGACUCAGUUUAAACGCAAGUUGGUUGUUAUCUCAUGCUUCACUACUCGAAUCCUGACCAUCGCCGCAACUAGCUGGCAGAUUCAUGGGUCCCAGAAGCUAAACGACUACGAAGAUGCAACAUAUUCAUACUGGUCUUUCGUCCUCGCCAUGACACUAGCCCAGAACUUAGGCGUUAUGACAGCAUCUGUCCCCUAUUUGAAACCAUUCCUCGACAGUCUAGAGUCAGGCUUGAUACGGAGCGACGAUAUGCGACGACGCGCGAAUAUUCCAAAGUCAACCGCUGGCUCCGGUCAAAAGCAAACAGAUAGUUCUUUCUCCUCGAACCCUCCCAAGUCUACCCGUGGUGUGACAUCGCAUGAGUUACAAGACCUCAGGUAUGACAAUUCUAAAGCUACCGUGUCGAUAACUGCUGGGAGGGCAGGGAGCUCGGCAGAUUGGGAAAGCGCAAGUCACUCUAGCGAAGCAAAGCUCAUUAAGCAAGUCAAGACAUGGGGGAUCACCAAGUCUGUAGCUCCAGGGAGCGGAGUUUAACCAACAGGAAAUUCAGAUACUGUAAUUAAUCCAAUCAUACUCAAAAUUCUAUUCCAGCAACACAUACCUAAUACG